UCUGAAUGUCCAUUCAGUGUGUGUAGUUGUGUCGUGAAGGUAGAGUAGACAUUGUCAUCGGUCGGUCGUCAGUCAGGUCGGGUGACUCUAACGCUAUCAGCCAAAAUGGAAUAUUACAAUGUUAUCAAAGAAAAAAUAAGAAGUGGAGAAUAUUCGACCGUGCGACGAUUCUCAAGAAGUGAAGUUUACAAUGUUUUCUUCGAUAUCGAAGACGAAAAGGGUGCCCUCAUAAAAGACGCUGUCAUUUGUUCGAAAUGCAAAAACGUUUACAAGCGCAGCACGCAGUGCACAUCGAAUCUGUUGCGACAUCAGUGCUAUAAGCUAUACAGAAAGAAGAGAGAUGAGAACGAUAUGGAGUUGGAGCCGAGGGAAGAAACCACAAUGGAAAUGUUGUUAAAUCCGAAGAGCGCUGCUGCUUUAAAACCAGUAUCAAUGAGCCCCGUCAACGAUGAACCUGAGCCUACCGUUAUAAAUGCUGCGAAAAAACCAAGGAUUACACUCGUUGCUACCCCUCCACCACCACCUCCGCAGCAGCCCCAACCACAGCCCGAACCUGUUAAAGUUGUGGAACCAACACCUCCUCCCCCACCACCCGUUCCAGCACCGGCUCCAGCACCACCGAGUAAUCCAAACGAAAGAGACGAGUCUCAUGUCUUUGCCGAAGGAUGGGCCAUCAUGUAUCGGAAACUAACAACGGAACAGAGAAUUUUCGCCAAACGUUUAAUCGACGAAACUCUGAUGCACGGCCAGCUGGGACAGCUGACAAUGUCGACCAGUCUAAAUCAAGAUCCAAUAUCGAUUUCACGCAACCGUUUUCCCAUACAACAUCAAGUCAAAGAAGAUGAAUAUAUUGACGAUGGCUCCUAUUCGGAGACAUGAAAGUUUUUCGUGUUUAGAUGUUAUGAUAAUAAAAAUAAUAAAGAAUGUU